AUGGAUCCUCCUUGGGUGUCCAUCGGGAUAUCUCAGCAUUGGCUUGAAUACCCUCUGGUCCAAGCCAAAGAGAUUCCCUUGGCACAAACAUCUCAAGCUUCGCCAAACACCAACCUGGUGAUGUUCAACAAUCGGAUAUGCUGGUUUAAGCCUGUUCUGGCUGGGGUCGAUAAUCUUCCAUAUAUUCGAGAAAUCGAUAUCCUAUACAAACUCUCUCGGGAAAAGCUCAGCCAAGCACUACGCUUCCCGCAGCUAGAAGCGAUUGUACUAGACGACAGAGAUGGCGAUAUAGGAUUUAUCAACGGUCUUAUUCUCUCCGCCAUCUAUCCUAAUCAUGGGAAUAUAGCAGAUCGAGUCAAUGGACCCGAAGGGCCAUCAAUCCCCAUCGCGUUACGUGAGCGAUGGUAUCAUGAUGUCGAGAAUAUGAUUCGUAUCUUGCACGACCAAGGCUUCAUCUGGGGCGAUGUUUCACCGAACAACAUGAUCACUGACGAGGAUGAAAAUGUCUGGAUCAUUGAUUUCGGUGGUGGAUACACCGAGGGCUGGGUGAGAGAGGAGGACAUGGAGACCAAGAGGGGGGACCUAGAAGGACUCGAGAGGCUUAAGGAGUACCUAUUGACCGACAUUGACUAG